AAUAUGAGACGCACGAUCACACUGGUAAACCCGGAAUUAGAAAUAUUAUAUCGUAUACAAUAAAAUAAAUUCUCAAGAACGCAUCUCUAAUCUCUUCGUUGUAAAAGAAAAGAACAAUCGAUCGGUCGAUUGAUCAAGUAAAUUGGUUGAAUUGAUUAAUUGAUCGUCUUCCGUUCAUUUUUUUUUUUGGUUGUAAAUUUGAGAUCCGUCUUGAUCUAUCGGUCAUGGAGGUCCGGCACAAUCCGACGGUCGACAACUCGCCGAUCUCGCCGCCGCACCAUCCGCGCCGUUCUCCUGCAGCUGCUUCCAAGCAGCCCGCUGCUACUCCUAACCCUUUUGACACCUUCUCCGUUUCUCAGAGGCUUCAGAAGGAGUUGAUGUCUCUCAUGAUGGGUGGAGGAGAUCUAGGAGUGUCAGCAUUUCCUGAAGGUGAGAGUAUUUUUACGUGGAUUGGUACAAUUGAGGGUGGAAAAGGAACAAUGUAUGAUGGUCUAUCAUACAAACUUUCCUUGCGUUUUCCCCUCGAUUACCCAUUCAAGCCACCGCAAGUCAAGUUUGAGACCAUGUGCUUCCAUCCAAAUGUUGAUCAAUUUGGCAACAUCUGUCUUGACAUCCUUCAGGAUAAAUGGUCUUCUGCUUACGAUUGUAGAACAAUUCUUUUGUCAAUUCAAAGUCUAUUGGGAGAGCCCAAUCUAGAGAGUCCACUCAACAGCUUUGCUGCUGCGUUGUGGAAAAAUAAGGAAGAUUACAGACAAACGGUCCAGAAGCAGUAUUUUUCCGGGGAAGCAGUUGAGAGCUGAUCAGCAGCGCGGACGACAAAACUUUUGCUUUCUUUUUUCCCAUACAGAUUUCCAUGUAAAGCUUGGAUGAAUGACUUUUGUUUCCUUUCCCCUUCUGUAAUGGGAUGUAUUAGUCUUGCUUCCGGUGAAUAUAUCUUUACACAUAUAAUGUUGAACGAGUAGGCCACUUCAGUUUAUUGAUUUGGUUACUGAACUUUUCCGGUGAGAUUGCAAAUAAAGUCUGAAAAAAUUAUUUUACC